CUUGAUGCCUCUUAACUGGCGUGACUACCCCAACGGACUUUCCUCCUCACCUCCAUAGCUCCACCAUAAACAUGGACUCCUCAGAUGCUCUCCAUGUCCCUCACAGCCGCGAAGUCUUCUACACCGGCGGAGAAUACACCGUCAUCCCCGACAACCCAUCUUCGUCCACAACAACAUCGCAAUACAUGCUCAAUCAAAUUUACGUCGAAAAACUCACGCCCCUCCACCCCACCGCAUCGCGGCCCUACCCGCUCAUCUUCAUCCCCGGCGCCGGCCAAACAGGCACCAACUUCCUCGACACUCCGGACGGACGUCCAGGCUGGGCCAAUUUCUUCCUGUCCCAUGGCUACACCGUGUACCUUACCGACCAGCCGUCGCGCGGCCGAUCGCCGUGGCAUCCCUCGGUUGGGUCCAUGCACGCGUUUAGCACCGCGGACCUCGAGAAGCUGUUCACUGCGUGCGCGUCACAUGAUCUCUGGCCGCGGUCUAGAACACACGCGCAAUGGCCCGGCACCGGCAAGGCCGGGGAUCCAAUCUUCGAUAGGUUCUUUGCGAGCCAGGUGCAGUAUCAAGCCGACAGGAAGAUCUCUGAGGCGCAGAACGCGAGCGCAUAUACGAAGCUGAUGGAUGAGGUGGGCGAAGCGUAUCUUGUGACGCAUUCGCAAGCCGGACCAUAUGGGUGGCGAGUUGGGGAUGCGCGGCCGCAUCUAGUCAAGGGGAUUGUCGCGCUAGAACCAGGCGGUCCUCCAUUCGAGAAUAAGUUUCCGCAAAAGAGCGGUAGAGUGAGAAUCUGGGGGAUUACGGAUCUGGAGGUUGAGUACGAUCCGUCCGCGGGACCCAACGCUGAGUUCCUUGAGACGGUGAGGAUACGGGCAAAGGAUUCCCAAUGCAUGGACUACCUGCUGCAGAAAGAACCGGCGAAAACGCUGAAGAACUUGUCGCAAGUGCCCGUGUUGGUAGUGACGGCUGAAGCAAGUUAUCAUGCGCCGUAUGACUACGGAACGGUAGCUUAUUUGAGGCAGGCGGGAGUGCAAGUCGAGCAUAUGGAGUUGUGGGAGCAGGGUAUUAGAGGGAAUGGGCAUAUGUUCUUCAUGGAGCGGAAUAAUUUCGACAUUGCGGAGAGAGUUCUGAGGUGGCUGAAUGAGCAUUGAGGGGAUCCUGAGACUGGGUGGGCCCCACUGGCGUGGAAAGAGGUGGCUUCAAAACCGUAAUUAGUGUCCUCGCGACGGUACUGAUGUUCUGUAAGGAGGAGACGAUUGUGGGCGAACACCACUGUGUGCGACUUCCUCGCGCUAGAAAUCCGCUCAAAGAUCUGACAGUAAUUGUGGAGACCCCCGUGAUUGGAGCGGUGAAGAAUGCCUCGAGGAGAUGGUUGGGUAUAUGGUGCGAGUAUAUGACCUGGGUUGUUGUCAGUUGGAACUAUGGUUUACGGAGUGGUGCAAUAAUGUAAAAG